CUUACCUGCCCUCCUCGCUGCCAUGGCGGAAGGGGGGUCCCUGCCCAUGGCGGAGUGGCUCCGAGCCCUGCACCUGGACCAGUACGUUGAGACCUUCGAGCGGAACGAGCUGUGGGGCAUGUCGGAUUGCCAGCACCUGACGGACGAGGCGCUGACCCGCCUGGGGGUCCUGCUGCCUGGCCACCGCAAGCGCAUCCUCUCCGGGCUGCUGAAGGCCUCGGCGGAGGCUCUGCCCGCCCUGGAGGGCCCCAAAUGCCCCCCGAGGAGGCCGGUCCCCAUGAAACGCAACGUCUUUCGCACCAGCCCCGGCUCUGUGACUUCUCCUGCGGAGCAGGAGGCCCGAGGUGCCUCCGUGACACCGACGGGCAAGAAAUCGCCUCCUUUCCGGGAGUCGGAGAGCCCCGCAGGCCUCCCCCUUGUGCCGCCCCCUAUCCCUCCGAGGACCAGCUGCCACCCCCCAGUGAAGUUUUCGUCUCCUGCGCUCCCCGAACUUCCCCCAGCGCCUCCCUCGGGAGCGCCUCCCCGUUUGGGUUUUCUUUGCCCGCUGCUAGCUGGCGGCAGACGGAGUCCGAGUCCGGAGAAGACGGCGUUUCCCGGAGAGACGGAGAAGCCCACGCUGCCCCCUCUCCCUGCCAAGCGCUACCAGCUGGAGAGCAAGCCCCCCUCCUCAAGAGCCCCUCCGGUCCCCUGCCGGCCUCCAGUGUUGCCCCCCCGGCCCGGACCCCAGAGAGCCACGACCAGUUCUCCUGUGAAAGACGAACCCCAAGACUCGGAGGAGCCGCCCACCACGCCGCCUGCCCUCCUGCCCCGCCUGAAGUUACCGGAACAGCACAGUGCCCCCGAGCUGCCGUGGAAGCCCCCACUUCUCUUGCAGCCGCACUUCAAUGACUCUGAUUAUGAAGAUGACCCGUCUGAGGAGGAAAUAGCUCCUGCAGAAGAAAUGACUGACCAGGAGGAGGUGGACACCACGCCAGACGUCCGGCGCUCCGUACGAUACAGCAGCCUCUUCAGCGAAGACGAGCUAAUUGAGGACUAUUUCAAGGAGGAAUCUCCCACCAACAACCACUGGAAUGACUGUGGGCUGAACUCCCCGGAUCCCAGCAGCGCACUGUCCUUUGGCAUGUUGAGCUUCCAGAGUGACGGCAUGGACAGGACAGACUCGGCAUUCGAACUCGCGCCUGUCGUGAAAUCCGGAUGGCUGGAUAAGAACCCUCCGCAAGGGUCAUACAUCUACCAGAAGCGCUGGGUGAAACUGGAUGGCGACUACCUCCGGUACUUCGACAGCGAAAAGGACAUUUAUUCCAAACGUCUCAUCCCAGUGUCAUCCAUAACCCGGGUGGCGGCCAUCGGGGACCAGAAAUUCGAGGUGAUCACAAACAACCGGACCUUUGCUUUCCGAGCUGAGAGUGACGCGGAUCGCAACGAGUGGAUCAAGGCCCUCCAGAAGACAGUGGCAGAAAGGAAGUCGAAGCACUCAGACAGGGCGUCUGUCUUCCAGGUGGCCAGCAGCAGCUUGGACUCGGUGGACAAGUGCGGCCCUCUGGAGUUGCGGGGUUUUAAAAACAAGCUGUACGUGGUGGCGGCCGGGGAGAAAGUUUUCCUCUACAAGAACGCAGAGGAUUUUCGGCUGGGGAUUGGGAUCACCUACAUCGAAAUGAAUGUGGGCAACGUUAAGGAUGUGGACCGGAGGGGCUUCGAUUUGACAACACCCUACCGGAUCUUCAGCUUCGGUGCAGAGUCGGACCAGGAGAAGGAGGAGUGGGUGGAGGCCAUGCAGCAGUCCAUCGCUGAGGCGCUCUCCAACUUCGAAGUGGCCGAGAGGAUCUGGACGGAGGAGGCGAACUGCUUCUGUGCCGACUGUGGCGCUCCUAAACCCGACUGGGCCUCCAUUAAUCUCUGCGUGGUGAUCUGCAAGCGCUGUGCAGGAGAACACCGUGGGCUGGGACCCAGCGUCACCAAAGUACGGAGUCUCAAGAUGGACAAAAAAGUCUGGACGGAGGAGCUGAUAGAGCUCUUUCUCCAGAUCGGCAACGCCGUGGCCAACCAGUUCUGGGCCGCCAACGUCCCCCCCAGCGAGGCCGUCAGCGCCCGAAGCGAGAGCCAGGAGCGGAGACGCUUCCUUGUGGCCAAGUACAGGGAAGGCAAAUACCGCCGGUACCACCCGCUCUUUGGGAACCAGGAGGAGCUCAACAAGGCCCUGUGUGCUGCUGUGACCACCAGUGACCUGGCCGAGACGCUCGCCCUCUUGUUCUGCGGGGCCGAGGUGAGCUGCUACUCGGGGGACCCCAGCUACCCGUCCCCCCUCGCCUUAGCGGAGCAGGCCGGGCAGAGGCUGCAGAUGGAGUUCCUGCUGCACAACAAGACUUCAGAGACCCCUCAGCUGGAUGUGGGCACCAACAUUGAGAAGCACUACUCUGUCAUCUUGCCUUCUGUGGCUCACAAUGGCUUCCUCUACAAAGCACCCUCCAUGGCCAAACUGGUGCAUGAGCGGAAAUCCCGGGAAGAGUUCAGCCGCCGCUGGUGUCGCCUCCACGAUGGCAUCUUCAGCUACUACGAGAACAACACCAACACGGUGCCCAACGGAGUGCUGAGGAUGCAGGAGAUCGUGUGCCUCGUGAAUAACCCACCGGACACCCAUGGUUUUGUGAGCACGUUUGAGGUGUACGUAGAAACGGAGAGGCUCUAUCUCUUUGGACUGGACAGCCCUGAAGCAACGAGGGAAUGGGUCAAGUGCAUUGCGAAGUCUUUCAUCCCUCCUGCCGCCGAGGGCCUGCUGAACCACGACUUCGAGAGGCUCGGGCGGCUGCAGUACAAGGGAGGCCUGAACCUGGAGCGGGCCAAGGAAGGCUGGUUCGCCUUGGUGCAGUCCACGCUCUACGCCCACUUGGAAGGCAGCGAGAAGGAGGAGGCCGUUCACCUAAGGAAGCUGCAGGAGCUCUCCAUCCAGGGUGACAAUGAAGUCCUUGUGCUGGUGGAGAGAAGAAGGACGCUCUACAUCCAAGGUGAGAGGAAACUGGACUUCUUGGGCUGGGUCAGCGCCAUCCAGAAAGCCGCCGGAAGCUCCGGGGACACCUUAUCUGAACAGCAGCUCUCCGACACGGACGUCCCUCUCAUCGUGGACAGAUGCAUUGAUUAUAUCAUGCAGUGUGGGCUCACCUCGGAAGGGAUCUAUCGGAAGAGCGGGCAGAACUCCAAGACCACCGGCCUCCUGGAGAUGCUCCGGAAAGACGCCCGCAGCGUCCGGCUCAAGGAAGGCGAGCACCACGUGGAUGAUGUGGCCAACACCCUCAAGCGGUUCUUCCGGGACAUUGGGGACGGGCUCUUCACCAAAGACUCCUGCCAGGCCUGGCUGAAAGUACCGGGCCUUGAGGAUGAGAAGGAAAAAGUCAGCCGGUACCGGAGGCUCCUGAACAGCCUCCCUGCGGUCAACAGGGCCACCUUGAAGGCACUGAUCAACCACCUGUACAGGGUGCAGUGCUCCUCCGACAUGAACCAGAUGACGACGCACAACCUGGCCAUCGUCUUCGGGCCGACACUCUUCCAGACGGACGGCAAAGACUACAAGGCAGGGCGGGUAGUGGAGGACCUCAUCAACUGCUACAUGGACAUCUUCAGCGUGGACGAGGAAGAGAUGAGGAAGCAACAGGAGGAGAUUAAGGCCAUCAUGAAGAUUCGGAAUGCCGCCUCGUCCAGUGGGACGCAGCAAGCCGGCGACUUCAUCUGCACGGUGUACCUGGAGGAAAAGAAGACGGAAGCGGAGCAGCAUAUCAAGAUUCCUGCCACCAUGACGGCGGAAGAGCUGGCUUUUGAAAUCUUGGACCGGAGGAAAAUCGUCAUGAAGGAGAAAGAUUUCUGGAGCUGCUUCGAAGUCAACGAACGGGAGGAGGCAGAGCGGCCCCUGCACUACGGCGAGAAGGUGCUGCCCAUCUUGCACAGCCUGGGCAAGGACAGCUACCUGGUGGUGAAGAAGCAGCUCUCCAUGGACAACAUGUUGCUGUAUCUGGCCAGCAAGGUGGGCGACAGCAAGCACGGGCUGAUGAAGUUCAGGGAGGAGAAGAACGUGCUGGGCGUGGGGCUGAGCACCGGCUUUCAUGACCGCUACUUCAUCCUGAGCAACAGCUGCCUGCGCCUCUACAAGGAAAUCCGGAGCCACAAACCAGAGAAAGAGUGGCCGGUAAAAAACCUGAAAAUCUACCUGGGAAUAAAGAAGAAAGUUCGUCCCCCGACCUGUUGGGGCUUCACGGUCUUCUUCGAGAAUGAGAAACUGGAGAAGCAGCAAUGGUAUCUCUGCUGUGACACGCAGAUGGAGCUGCGGGCCUGGUUCGCCACCUUCCUCUCCGUGCAGCAUAGCGGCAACGUUUGGCCUUCGGAGUCCUCCAAGGUUCGGGCGUCCCGGACGCAGCAGGAUUCCCGGUUGGGUAACAUCUCGCUGAUCCCGCUACGAGGCACCGAGAACGAGAUGAGGAACAGCGUCGCGAAGUUCACGGCCGACCCUCUGGCGUUUCUUCGGGACGUAUGAAUCCUGGAAACUUUAGCACACCAGGUUUGUUGGCGGAAGACAACGAAGGUGGAGGCGGAUUCCAGGCAAAGAAGCGCUUGGCUGCUCCCACAGGGAGGGGAGGGGGGCUACUCGGAAUCCCAGGGACCCCUUUUUGGGACUCUCCGUUUCCCCGACAGGCUGAGCCCAACAGGAAUGGCAAAGGAAACACAUGGGGUUUAUUUAACGGACGCCCUGCGGGCUGGAAUCGCUUCGGCAAGUCUCGGUCAGCCCACUGCAUCCACAUCCCGACAGCCGAGAGGAGCAUCGUAAAGCCGCACGGAGACCUCUCCGCAGCAGGUGCCAACUUCACUACCUGACCAGGGUUGGGCCUGGACUCUGGAGUCCCGGUGGUUCUGGUCACCAGGGCUGCCGGCCGCCGACUCUUUGUUUCUCUCUAAUGGGUCGUGGAUGGAAACCGCAAAGCCGUCCGCUUGGUGCAGGGGUUGGCGUGGAGUUAGAGCUCUGGCUGGAAACAUCAGAACAUCAGAAGUGCCCUGAUGCAGGAUCAGACCAAGGGUCCAUCUACUCCAGCAUUCUGUUCACACAGCGGCCAAGCAGCCAUCGGCCAGGGACCAACAAAGCAGGACAUGGUAAAACAGCACCCUCCCACCCAUGUUCCCCAGCAACUGGGGCACACAGGCUUACUGCCUCGAAUACUGGAGAAACACUCUGGGUUUUUGCCAAUAUUUGUGUUAACCUAAAACAUGCCCAGAGAGGACGCCAUGGUUAGGACAAGCCAAGAGGUGCAGACACAAGCUUCCCGGGUGAUGGUGGAACUACUGAAGGUACCGCGGAAAAGAGAAGAACUAGAGGAUUACACCAGUCUCUGCGUUCCUUUGGACAUUCCCAGGCUGUGGGUUGGCCACGCAGCUGCGGGUGUUUCAGCUUCUGCCCAUCUUCUUCACCCCUUUGACCAGGCCAGACACUCGCUGAUGGUGCCUGAAUAGAUGAGGAGGAGGGCGAAGGGGGUCGGCCACUGAGCAGAAGCCGUGGAGUACGGAGAGGUGGGAGGGGCGCGGCCACUUCAGCCUAGCCGACACGCAGGCGUGGAAGGGGCGAGGCGCGUGUCUGUCGAGGGCCGUCUCUCCUCCGGCCUCUUCUUCUGACGUGCAGGAAGUAGAAAGUCACGCCACUGCUGGGAAGCUGGGAAGAGUUGGGCAGGCUCUAUCUUUCUCAAGCAACGUCCUUUCUUGGCUUUUUGUAAUAAUAAUAAUAACAACAAAUAUCCAGUCUAAUGUUGUUCCUGCCAUUUAUCAGCGGUGGCUGAACCCAAGACCGUUGGCUGUCCCAAAGAUCCAGAUUGGAGG